AUGGUCAUCGAGGAAGCAAGAGAGACACCUCAAAGAUAUGCACCACGCCGUUAUACCAUCCAACCUGCGAACUCACCCCUGUGCGCAGACAUUCUAGAAGAACCAAUGGAGAAAUUAAAGUUCCCGCUCUGCAAGUACGACGGAUCCACCGACCUGGAGGUCCAUUGCAACAUGUUCGAGCAGCAUAUGAUGAUGUACACAGACUCCGAUGCCAUGUGGUCCAAAGUGUUCCCAUCCACACUCCUAGGAGUAGCGUCAGGGUGGUACAAGGGAUUGCCAAAAGGAUCAGUGUACAAUUACCGGCAAUUAGAGGCAGAGUUCAUGCUGCAGUUCAUCAGUCGGCAGCAAAGAAAGAAAACGUCAGGAGAACUAAUGGCAAUCACACAAAGGAUCGGAGAAUCUUUGAGAGAUUACCUCACCAGAUUCAACAACGAGUCCACGAGCAUACCAAACUUACAGCAAGAAGUAGCCGUAGUGGCUCUGAUGAGGGGAAUGAACCACUGCGAGUUCAAGAGGUAUUUGGGAAGGAAAUAUUUUACGGACCUGGAAAGCGCGCUGGUGAAAGCCCACGAGUACAUCAAAAGCGACAAAUUGAUGACAAUCCCAAAUCAUUUCCAGUCGGCACCGACUAGAAAUAUCGCACCCAUGCCUAUUCAGCAAACACAACAACAACAACAAUGUAGGGGAUUCAGGAAAGAUAAUCAGAGAAGAGACCACCGAGGGAGGGAUCACCAGAAACAAACAAACAUCACCUACCCUGCAUUCCACGAAUACACCCCACUGAACGCCCCAAGAGCUGCCAUCUACAACAUCAACAAAAACGAGAACUGGAAGAGACCUCCUCCAAUGAGCGACAAACCCAGACCACAGUCGAAAUACUGUGCUUUCCAUGAGGACUGUGGGCACUAUACGGAAGAGUGCAGAGAUUUGAAAGAUAACAUCGAGGAUAUGAUCAGGAGAGGCUACCUGACACAAUAUAGAGCCCGACAAAGCAACAACAAUCAACAAAAUCACAGCCGGCAAAACAAUAACCCAAACAACAGAUUACCAACAACCCAAGCACCACUCAGAAUAGAACAAAAGGCACCAGAAACCAGCCGCAAUGCAGAGGCUAGAAAUGCCGGCCAGAAGGGGCCGACAAUAUGGGUCAUAUCCGGCGGACCAUGCCACGGAGGAACAAUUAGUGGGGCAGAUAGGAGCCUGGGCGAGCACCGCCACCUGAUAAACUAUCAUAGCACCAGAAAGUGGCCAUCACCCCCAGUCAUGCCAGAAAUCUCAUUCACCCCCGCAGACUGCCGCGGAAUCAUAUAUCACCAUGACGACCCACUGGAAGCCUUCGCUCAACUCCAAAUAAACGAGAAGGAAUUCACGAGAGCCAACUACCCGGUAAUAGGAUUCUCCGGGGCCACUGUCUUUCCAGAGGGAAGUAUCCGGCUGCCGGUACAGAUCAGAGAAGGUGGAGCAGUAAGGGACCUAAUGGUAGACUUCCUGGUAAUCAAAGUGCCGGCUGCGUACAACGUCAUCGUUGGCCGACCAUUCAUCCAUGACGCACAAGCAGUAGUAUCAACGUAUCACUUAACCAUGAUAUACAUGUCCAACUUUGAGAAAGCAGAGAGAAUCCGAGGCAGUCAAGAAUCAGCAAGAUCAUGCUACUUAACGGCAUUAAAAACACCAGGACGACUGGCCCCAUCUAUGAACAUAACAAGGGAAGCGACAAUGAAAAGGCCCGCAAAAAACCAAAACUCGAAAUCAGAGGGUGAACAAUCUUUGUUGCCAAAGAAGGAGAAAAGAUAG